GGGUUUGGGGUCAUCCUUGGGUCAUGGUGGGGCUUGGGGUCAUUGGUCGAGUGUGGUGGUGUUUGGGGUCAUUGUUGGGUCAUCAUGGGUCUUGGUCAUGGUUGGGUUUGGGGUCAUCGUUGGGUCAUGGUGGCCAUUGGGGUCAUCGUUGGGUCAUGGUGGCCAUUGGGGUCAUCGUUGGGUCAUGGUGGCCAUUGGGGUCAUGGUGGGACUGGUGGGCCUUGGGGACAUCGCCAUGGUCACUGGUGACACCGGUGCCACUGGUCAGGCACUGGUCAGGCACUGGUCAGGCACUGGUCAGGCACUGGGCCCACCGAUGGUCACCCUUGGUCACCAAUGGUCACCCUUGGUCAGUGGUGGCCACUGCUGGUCACCGUUGGUCACCAUUGGUCACUGGUGACACUGGUCAGUCACUGGUCACACCGGUGGUCACCACUGGUCACUGCUGGUCACUCCCCCAGGCCGGACCACCUGAACAGCCACGUCCGGCAGGUUCACUCCACCGAGCGGCCCUUCAAGUGCCAGACGUGCGAGGCGGCGUUCGCCACGCGGGACCGGCUGCGGGCGCACGCGGUGCGGCACGAGGACAAGGUGCCGUGCCACGUCUGCGGGAAGCUGCUGAGCGCCGCCUACGUCAGCGACCACCUGAGGGUGCACGGCCCCGCCCCCCGCGGCCAGGCCGCCGCCAGAGGUUCCGGCUGCCCCGCCCCCUCCCCAAGCCCCGCCCCCGCCCCUCCCCCACCCCUGGAUGGGACCCCCGGGGGCAGCCAGGGCUGGUGA